AUGCGGAUGUUGUUGAAAGCGGGCCGGCCCCGGGGGAGCUGGGGGAAGGGAGCACGGGCUGGAGAGGCGCUGCUGAGGGGCCGCAGCAGGCUGAUUAAUGGGCCUUGGGUCACGGCAAUAAAAGUGGCGUGCCAGUGGCGCGGCAGCGAGGCUCAGAGGCGUUUCUCCGCGAUGAUCGAGGAGGGCUGUUCACUGCUGCGCUCAAAGCGGAGAAACAGGACGAGGCAGCACACUUUAGCAGCCUAUUUAAGGGGCCUCCCUCCCCCACGAACCUCCCACUUCAUUCCUGUCUCAAGCUUUCUCUAA